AAUCGGAGAACUGGAACCUAAAUUGAUGUUGUGACAGGAAGAAGUGCAAGAUGGCGGCAGGGAUGCGGCCGCCUUCUGGCCACUCGCAUGGCCAUCCUCACAACCACGCCAUGCCGAGGAGAAAAGUCACAAUUUCGUUUGUGAUACGAGACGAAGAAGAACCUCUGCAUCGGUCAGGUGUAAAUGCGCUUCAGUUUGAUAAACAUACUGGUCGGCUGUAUUCUGCAGGACGAGAUUCUAUCAUUCGAUGUUGGAACACAACUGUAGACAAGAACUAUUACAUAGCAUCACUUGAACACCACACAGACUGGGUGAAUGAUAUAGUCCUUUGCUGCAAUGGUAGAACAAUAUUAUCAGCAUCAUCUGAUACAACUGUUAAAGUGUGGGAUUCUGGACGGAGUUUCUGUAUGUCUACCCUGCGCACUCACAAAGACUAUGUCAAGGCACUUGCUUAUGCUAGUCAGAAAGAAUUGGUGGCCUCUGGAGGACUUGAUAGGCAGAUAUUUCUGUGGGAUGUCAACACUUUAACAGCUCUUACAGCUACAAAUAAUACAGUCACAAGUAGCCAGGGAGGUGAAGGUAACCACUUGAGAGAAGGAUGUAUCAGUAAUCUGCACUAUGAUGUUCAUGCACCCUCCUCAUCACUGAAUGGUCAAAAAGAUUCAAUAUACAGCUUGGCAUUAAACACCAUGGGCACUGUACUCAUCUCUGGCUCUACUGAGAAGAUUUUGAGAGUAUGGGAUCCUCGAACAUGUUCAAAAGUCAUGAAACUGAAAGGUCAUACAGAUAAUGUGAAGGCUAUCAUUAUCAAUCCUGAAGGAACACAGUGUCUGUCGGGAAGCUCAGAUGGAACUAUACGCCUUUGGUCAUUAGGACAACAGAGAUGUAUCACUACAUACAGAAUUCAUGGGGAAGGUGUAUGGGCAUUGUGUGCUAAUGACAACUUUACUGGGUUCUACUCAAGUGGUCGAGACAAACAUGUCAUGUGGACUGAUCUGAACAUGGAGAAUUCUUCAACUCUUUUAUUUGUGGAGGAUGCUCCAGUUUUAAAAUUGGAGCUUUGUGAUGAAGCCCAUUCUUUGUGGGUUGCCACAACAAAUUCUACAAUAAAUAACUGGCCAGUUAAGAUUCCAUAUCUAAAUGAGCAGGACAGUAUGGAUGUUGGAGAUACAGAUCCUCAGCCCAUUUGUUCAUCACCAAAGAAGACAAUACCAGGGGCACCUAGCAUACGGAAUUUUCAUGUGUUAAGAGACAGACGACAUGUCAUAACAAAGGACACUGAGGGAAGAGUCUCAGUUUGGGAUGUGCUAAAAGCAUGUAAGGUCGAGGGUCUUGGUCUGGUGGAUUAUGAAGAAGAAAUCAAGAAAAGAACUCAGAUGGUUUAUGUACCAAAUUGGUUUUCAGUUGACAUCAAAACUGGGAUGCUCACAAUAAAUCUGGAAGAGAGCGACUGUUUUGCAGCUUGGAUCUCAGUAACAGAUGUUACAGGAUUAGAACCAAAAACUGUGGAUGGGAAAGCGUAUGUUACAGAUGUCAAGCAUGUGAAUUACGGAGUGCUUCUUUUGCAAGCCAUAUUGGAACACUGGAGGGAGACCUACACUGGAACAGCGGAUGAAACUGAUCAAGACCUUCCCAGAGCUGAUUCACCAGAAAGCGGAGAUGCAAGCGCCAGUGAAGUUAACCUGAACCUUGAGUCUCGUGUGAUGAUGGGCAAUGGUUUCUUCAGUGUUCCUGAACACACCCCCCUGAUCUUCACAGAGAGCAGUGGCACAGGGAGGACUUUGUUCCGCCUGCUGGUAGCAGAUGCCUCCGGAGAGAAUGAAGCAUAUCUAUUGGCUGAAACUGUCCCUAACUGGGCAGUUGACGUCACAGUUAAGAAACUGUCCCCGAAAUUCAAUAAGAUAGCAUUCUUCUUGCAACCUCAUUCAUCGAGCUCGUCAAAGGCAUUGAAGAGGGAUCGCUUAUCGGCCAGUGAUAUGCUGCACGUGCGCAAAGUCAUUGAGCACGUGUACGAGAAAGUGGUGGGAAAUGAGAACGCCAGCAAUUCAGGUAACCACGCAGAUAAAGAGCACGCCGGACCGCCAACCGAGGAAGAACUCGAGGAACUGUUGGCGCUUGCGGAGGCCCGGGUCGAGCUUCUUUGUCACGAGCAGGUACUAGAUCCUAGCAUGGACUUACGGACAGUGCGACAUUUUAUAUGGAAAGGAGGAGGAGACCUGGUACUACAGUACCGAAUCAUGAAGUGAACCCGUAAGCCCUGCCCCAGUCUCCUAUGGAGCCAGAUAAGCGAGGGAAAACUCGGUCGAGGAUAUCUUCCUCACAGAAAAAUCCGUGACGUGAGCCUCCAGCUGUCACGUGAGAGUUAUCGCAAGACAUCGGUGUCAGUUUUGUCUGAAAUGGGCCGGCGCGCUUGAAGAGGUUCUUCCUCUAAACAAUAGUGGGCUGCUAGUCACUGAAGAUGUUAGAGAAUAUUUAUUUAUUUUUCGACGCUCGCUAGCUUAUUUUUAUCAAUGGUGGCAUGCUGCUGAGGAGGAGGACAGACGGACGACAAUUGGAUGUGCAAAUUUGAUAGCCCGGCCUUACACACCUGUACAAUGUACAUUAAACCUUAUAAAAACUAUUAUAAGUUAAAACUAUGUCGCAUUACAACAGUCAUUUAAGAACUAUAUAAUGCAUGAUUAAAUUUGAAAUUCUGUA